AUGCUCCCGGUCCUACAAGAUGUUCUCAUUCUGGCCUCUGCGUGGUUCCAUGUAAUCCUGGCACCGUACACGAAAGUCGAAGAGAGCUUCAACCUUCAUGCUACUCAUGAUGUACUCAUGUAUGGCACAAACCCAUUGUCGGACUUUGCCAGCGAAAAUUUAUAUAAGUACGACCAUUUCAUAUUCCCUGGCGCGGUGCCACGAACCUUUCUCGGAAGCCUAGCGUUAGCAUACCUAGCCGCGCCCUUCUUGCAUAUCGCCAAUGCAUUCAAUUUUGCCCAGUCCAAGGUUGACUUGCAAAUUAUUGUUCGGCUGGUACUGGCGACCUUGAAUGCUUUAGGGUUGAUACUCAUACGUCGAGCGGUUUCAGGACGCUUUGGUCGCUCUGUCGCGUCUUUCUACACGUUAUUAACGAUAUCCCAAUUUCAUCUACCAUUCUGGAUGGGCAGAACACUUCCGAAUAUGUUUGCCCUAUUCCCGGUCAAUGUAUCAACAUCUAUCCUUAUUUCCCCCUCCGCGAACCCAUACGCGCAGCGGAGAGCUGGUCUCAAGGCCAUCUGUAUCAUCAUAUUUACCGCGGUCGUCUUUCGCGCCGAACUCGCUCUGUUACUGGUGCCCAUAAUAAUUCAACAUUUGUAUCGAUCCGUCUUCCGAUCCUAUACAUUUCUCUCUACCGUCAGGCAGUUGCUUGUGGUUGGUGCAACAACGGGUGUCAUUUCCAUUACUUUGACGACCGCUGUCGAUUCAUACUUCUGGGAUCGAUUCAACUCCCCACUAUGGCCAGAAUUCUCCAGCGUUUGGUUCAACAUCGUUGAAGGCAAAUCUGUGGAGUGGGGUGUGUCGCCAUAUCGAACCUACUUGGUUUCCUCCCUCCCCAAGCUUUUAUUGACGGCAUAUCCACUCGCCAUGAUCACCUUGAUGGCCCCCGUGAGGCGGAGCAAGAUAAGAUCGGCCGUUUUCCCGUAUCUGACCUUCGUUCUCCUCAUUUCAUGUCUUGCUCACAAGGAGUGGCGGUUCAUCAUUUAUGUCGUCCCGGUCUUCAACGUCGCUGCGGCCAGAGCAUUAGCAUGGGCGAACAACUUCGGAUCUGGAAAAGGGGAAAGUCAAAGGCGAGGAUUCGUAUCUAAACUACUUUCCCUCCCUCUUCGACUCCUUCCGUUUGGCUGCCUGGCAAUAAACAUCGCAGUGACGGUCCUUCUCGUGCUUUCGUCCAGAAGAAACUAUCCUGGAGGCGAAGCCAUGCAUGUCUUCCAUAGCCUGCUACCCAGUGGCUCCCAAGAAAAUGUACACGUUCACAUUUGCAACCUCGCCGCUCAAACCGGAGCAUCGUUGUUCACCCAAACACAGUCUCCUCCAAACCUCAUUACACACCCCAAUAACGACACAUCAGUGGUGUAUAGUAAGACUGAGUCUUUAUCCCCCUCUCAGCUUACUUCGGGAGCACCACCAUAUGAUUUCACGCAUCUCAUAAUCGAAAAUCAUCCAACCCUAUUCCUCGGUGCCUUAUCUCGCACCGAGCGGGAUAAAUGGGAAGUUAUUGCCACUCUGUAUGGUUUCGAACGCUGGAUCAUCGCCAAUGGAUCAUUGCAUGAUGGAUCACGCAGGGAGAAGACUAGACGGAUGUUUGCUGAAGGGGCCAAGAACCUAUCUACGAACCCCUGGAACGCGGAGACUUGGGCGUGGCUGGCGUCCUUAGUAAUAAAGAUGGAAGAAACCGAGAAAUUGUGGAUCCUAAAACGGACAACUGGCAUAGCGUAG